AUGUUCACAGCCUUCCAUUGGGCAGGAGGAGAAUACGAAGGACGUGACAUUUUGAAAAGUGUUGCUGCCUUCGGUAAUCCGGUCACCCGAACAUAUACUUUGCAGAUUGCCAACGAUGCCUUGGAACACGGCAAACUCCCGCCCUCUGCCGGACAUAUCACCGGUUGGGAUAAGAAAGGAAAUGAUUGGAUAUAUAAUGAGGAUCAGUGGAAGAAAAUGGACCAGAUGUGCGGCUUUUCGCUGUACCGGCUGGAUUUAGCCCGACAUUAUCGUGUCAAGCUGAUAAUACCUAUAAUCAACCAAUUUUACGAAAAUCCAGACUCGAAUUACGUUGGAGACUUCAAUGAUUUGAUAAGACACAGAUACGGCAUAUACGGCUAUAAGGAGGCGGGGAAAAAGACAGAUUUCUUCAAAGAUAGAAACAUGAUCGAUUCUUUCAAAAAAAUCAUAACUUUUUUCCUCAAUCGGGUGAAUACGUACAAUGGACAUAGAUAUGGCGAUGACAACACCAUAUUAGCCUUCGAGACAGGCAAUGAAUUGAGCUGGAAGCAGUCCGCGAACCUGAGUUCACGGCCUGUGCCCGCGGCAUGGACUAUUGAGGUUUGCCAGCACCUCAAAAAGCUAGCCUCAAAGAUUCUUGUGAUGGAUGGAAGCUUCUCCCGUCACCCAGAGAUCGCCUGGGAACAAGGGGCACUAGAAUCGAAAUACGUGGAUCUAUUCUCUUAUCACUUUUAUGGUAGAGGAGACGCGGAACAAUUCGAUAUGCUGAAUGCCAAGGUGCGCGCUUACGGAAAGACGCUAGUUAUCGGGGAACACGGUUUUUAUUCUGAUGCGAGUCUUUGGAGACAAGUAUAUAAGAGAAUGACCUGCGCGGGGGCACUAGCCUGGUCACUUUUGCCGCACUCGGAGAAGAGUGGGUUUCUUACUCAUGGAGAAGGACACAACAUCCAUGGCUAUCAUGUUCCUGGGUGGCCCAAGCAAACCUCAAAUGAAUUCGACACCCAUGAGAAUGAAGUGAUUAGUUCAACUUAUGAGGCUAGCUACACGAUCCUCGGGGUUGAACCUCCUCCCAAGCCGAUCCCUGGCCGCCCAGAAGCAUUUAUCGUUACAAACGGCUCACACGCGGGUCUUUCUUGGAGAGGUGAAGCCUGGGCAGCUGGGUACGAAAUAUUUGGGGCUGAAGGUUGGGGUCGCGACUUCAGCCUUAUUUCAAACAUUAUACCAGACAACGUCGAACCAGGCGGGAUCUUUAUUCCUUUAAAUCCCGAAAGGCCGACCGAGUCACUCAACAUGCCACCCCUCAAAUCGAAGUCAGAUGAAUCUCACAAAGGUUGGACGGACAGAAAAUGGUGCCGGAAGAGAACCUUAGGUUGUCACGGUUUUCACUCACUGAUUGACGGAAGGAGAAAAGAUUUUUUGGGUAACUUGAUUGGAGAGGGUUCGAUGAAAGUACUGCCGUCCAUGGAACCCAUGAGGGAUCGCGGUCGCUCGGGUGGGUGGUACUCUGUCCGUGGAGUGAGUGCCGAUGGGCUUCCUGGUAAGCGCUCAAGACCAGUCUUCUUGAAAACGGAUUGGCAGAAUGAGAAAAGCAACUAG